GAUCUGCAUCACAUUCCCUACCGAGUAUGUGAAGACACAACUGCAGCUGGAUGAGAAGGCAAACCCUCCCCGCUACAAGGGCAUUGGUUUGGGAUGUUCGAGUUCCUCAGCAACCAGAUGAGAGACGAGCAGGGGCGGCUGGACAGCACGAGGGGCCUCAUCUGCGGGCUGGGGGCUGGUGUGGCUGAAGCUGUGGCCGUGGUCUGCCCCAUGGAGACUGUGAAGGUGAAGUUUAUCCAUGACCAGACCUCUCCCAACCCCAAAUACCGUGGUUUCUUCCAUGGCGUCCGGGAGAUUGUUCGGGAACAGGGACUGAAGGGGACUUACCAAGGUUUAACAGCGACCAUCCUCAAGCAAGGAUCAAACCAGGCCAUCCGCUUCUUCGUCAUGACCUCCCUCAAGAACUGGUACAAAGGGGACAAUCCCAACAAGGCCAUGAACCCCUUUGUAACAGGGGUGUUUGGAGCCCUUGCUGGAGCUGCGAGUGUCUUCGGCAACACCCCCUUGGAUGUGGUGAAGACCAGAAUGCAGGGGCUGGAAGCGCACAAGUACAAGAACACCUGGGACUGCGCCUACCAGAUCAUGAAACAUGAAGGGCCCCUGGCGUUUUACAAGGGUACAGUGCCUCGCUUGGGCCGUGUGUGUCUUGAUGUGGCUAUCGUCUUCAUCAUCUACGAUGAGGUGGUCAAAUUCCUCAACAAGGUGUGGAAAACGGACUGAGGGGCCGGGCCAGGCAGCCCCCGCCUCCUGUGCCCCGCAGGGCUUCAGCUGGAGAGCAGAGACCAAACCCACACCCACCUGCGGCGCUGCUGGGGCCAGGUCUGCCCUGCACACCCCAAACCUGGCCACCUUUAUCUUUAGGAGCAGGCCCUGGAGCAGGUUAAAUUACUAAUUGUGUGCUGAAAGGAGCAGGGAGGGAGCUGCAUCCCACCGUCCCAUCCCCCAACAUCCCAGUCAUGCCCACCCCAAUCUCCUGGUGAUGCUUUCUGCCAGCCCCACAUCAGCUGUGUCUGCUGGUUAGCCAGGCUGAGAUGUCCCUUAGAUAGUGGUCUUGGGGCUUCCAGCAGCCAGGAGCUCCUGACUGCCAGGGGAGCAGCUCCUUUGGGGGUGCUGAGAGCCUCCUAGAGCCAUGUGGAUGCAAUGCCAAGCUGUACAUCACAAGCUGACAAUGGGGCUGAUGCCACUGGCAGGGUCACAGCAGCUCUUGGAGGGGGCCCAACAGCCCUGCACCCCCUGGGAUGGGAGGGCAGUGACCUCCUGGUGUGACCCCAAGCUCCCUCCUCCCUCCCUGCCAGCACCAAGACCCCUGGUGUGCAACAUCCCAUCCCAUCCCAGCGAUCCUGCUCAGCCCCGGGCUGCUGCGCAGCAGUUGCCCAGAAUUGCACAUACAGCCAGGCCUUUAGUUCUGCUCACUGUGGGCUGGGGUUGGGGUGAGCCGGGUGCCCCCUCACCCGCCGUUUACAGCCGAGAUGUGUGUGCGAGCCAGGGCGAGGUGCAGCCCCACGCCGCAGGCUUGGCCUCUCGGCCAGGGGUGCAAACCCCUUUCUUCUGCCACAUUCCCCACAUCUGCCCUCCCGCCGCCUGUCUGUGGUGCCAUAGGUGAUCCCGUAGCUUUUGGAGCUUCACGCUGACUCACUAACACCCGUGGCCGUGGGGCUGGAGCCCUGCCCUGCCCGUGCCAGGCUGGCCACACAGGAUUUGUGCCAAAUUUCUCCCUGAGGGAGCUGGGGGUGCAGGAGCCAGGGCUCAACCCAUCCCUCCCUCUUGUAGCCAGCGAUGAGCUCAGCCUUAACACAGGAGGGUGAAGGAGGAAAGCCUGGGCACGGUUUACCUGCGGCUUUUGGCUCUGAAGCCAGUGAGGGUUGCAUUAGUUUUUUUUUUAAUUAUUAUUCUGUUUUACAUUUGCAAUUUGAAUAAAAUCAGUCUGGCUUUAGCAGC